GCUCUAGUGUUAAUACACAAGAAGGUUCUAGCAAUAAUAUGGAAGAAGGUUCUAGCGAUAAUACGGAAAAAAGUUCUAACGAAUAUAACGAAGAUGAAGAUAAUUAUACUAGUGAAAAUGGUAGUCAUUUUAUUAGCGAUGAUGAGGAUAGUUAUUACAAUGUAGGAGAAACUGACUAUGUUAAUGAAUGGGUUUAA